GGAGUUGGUGACAACGAACUCAGAGUUAAAGAAGAGAUUGGGAAAUAGGCAGAGCCAGAUCUCUGGAGAAGAUGGAGGUGGUUGAUUCCAAUGUUUCAUUUGUUCGCAUUAUAUGGGUAGAUGCUUCUGGACAACACAGAUGCCGGGUUGUUCCAGCAAAACGCUUCAAUGAUGUUGUGAAGAAGAAUGGUGUUGGUUUGACUUUUGCAUGUAUGGGAAUGUCUUCUCUUGUUGAUGGUCCAGCUGAUGAGACUAAUCUCACUGGGACGGGCGAGAUCAGACUGAUACCCGAUCUAUCUACUAGAAGGAACAUUCCAUGGACAAAGGGAGAGGAAAUGGUCUUGGCUAAUAUGCAUCUCAAACCCGGUGAACCAUGGGAAUAUUGUCCUAGGGAGGCCUUACGAAGGGUUACAAAAGUAUUGAAAGAUGAAUUUGACAUGGAAGUGAAUGCAGGAUUUGAAAAUGAGUUUUUCCUCUUGAAAAAGCAGGAAAGAGAGGGGAAAGAAGAGUGGGUGUCAAUUGACUUAACGCCUUACUGUUCCACUGCCGCAUUUGAUGCUGUCUCCCCUUUAUUUCAUGAAAUUGUUGCUGAUCUUAAUUCCUUGAACAUUGAAGUUGAACAGUUUCAUGCAGAAGCUGGGAAAGGUCAGUUUGAGUUCUCUCUGGGGCACACAGCAUGUACACGUGCUGCUGACAAUUUGAUUUUUGCCCGUGAAGUUGUUAAGGCUGUUGCAAGGAGACAUGGGUUGCUGGCAACUUUUGUACCAAAGUAUGAUUUGCAUGACAUUGGUUCUGGAUCCCACGUGCAUCUCAGUUUGUGGCAGAAUGGACAAAACAUUUUCAUAGGAUCUGGUGGGUCCACUCAGCAUGGAAUGUCUACAGUUGGGGAGCACUUCAUGGCAGGAGUUCUGGAUCAUCUUCCUUCAAUCUUGGCUUUCACAGCACCAGUUCCAAAUAGUUAUGAUCGGAUACAACCUCAUAUGUGGAGUGGAGCAUACCAGUGUUGGGGAAAGGAAAACAGAGAAGCUGCAUUAAGAACUGCAUGUCCACCUGGUAUACCAGACGGUUUGGUGAGCAACUUUGAGAUUAAAUCUUUUGAUGGCUGUGCAAAUCCACACUUGGGCUUGGCUGCAAUAGUUGCCGCUGGAAUUGAUGGUUUGAGGAGGCAACUUCAUCUCCCUGAACCUGUUGGUGGAGACCCGGGUAGCCUUGAGGGGAAGCUUAAAAGGUUACCUUUAUCACUUUCUGAAUCAUUGGAGGCUCUCAAGAAAGACAAUGUCUUGCACGAGCUAAUUGGUGAAAAGCUUUUAGUUGCUAUAAAAGGAGUUCGAAAGGCUGAAAUUAACAACUACUCAAAGAACAAGGAUGCAUACAAGCAACUUAUACACCGGUAUUAAGCCUAUAAAUCUCCUGACAAGGUUGAAGAGUAAGAGUUCUAUUACAUCUUCCUUGAGCAAUCUUUCUAAAUCCAAUGCUUGGUUAUUCCCAUGUCUUUAAGAGGAAAUAAAGAGCACGAAAUGAUUAAAAGAAAAAUCAAGUUGAUUGUUGAAUUUCAUAAUAAAUCUCAUAAUGUUGCCUAUCGUCAUAUAUGUAGAGGCUUUCUUAUAGAGAAGUUAUUCAUAUUUGCGGAGUUCUGUUUCUGUAUCCUACAUUGCGCAUUUUCUAUUGUUCUUGGUGAUCAUGUAUUCUCAUUUUCAAUUUUUGAUAACAAACGUAUACCGUGUACUAAUAAAGCACCUCAAGUUAU